AUGGCAAUCGCAGACUACAUUGCCACUCUGAAAGACAAUCCGUACUUUGGUGCCGGAUUCGGACUGGUCACAGUCGGCGCGUUCCUCGCAGUGGCAAAGAAAGGUGCGCAGUACGGGACAAUCGCGCUGCGUCGCCAUCUCUUAAUGACGUUGGAGGUUCCGAGCAAAGACAAAAGCUACCACUGGUUGCUGCACUGGAUUACCGUCAACGCACGGAGGGCGCAACAUCUGAGCGUGGAGACAACAUUCCAACAGAGCGAGAGUGGGAAGAUAAACACGCAAUUUGACUUUGUGCCUAGCCCAGGUAAUCAUUACUUCCGUUACAAGAAUACUUGGAUCUGGGUUGAGCGUAACAGAGAGAAGCAGAUGAUAGACCUUCACACGGGCACACCAUGGGAAACGGUCACGCUGACAGCUAUCAGCAGGAACAGACAGCUAUUCUUUGACAUCCUCAAUCAAGCCCGAGAAAUGGCCUUACUAAAGCAGGAAGGCAAGACCAUCAUGUACACAGCAAUGGGGUCGGAAUGGCGACAGUUUGGCUACCCAAGAAAACGACGUCCGCUAGCUUCAGUCAUCCUGGACUCAGGAUUAGCCGAACAUAUACUCCGAGAUGCUCAGGAAUUUAUUAGCAAUCCCAAAUGGUAUUCGGAUAGAGGAAUACCAUAUAGAAGAGGAUAUUUACUGCACGGGCCGCCAGGCUGCGGGAAAAGCAGUUUCAUAAUGGCCCUAGCUGGAGAGCUUCAGUACAGUAUAUGCAUGAUGAACCUGAGCGAGCGAAGCUUAUCCGACGAUCGAUUAAACCAUCUUAUGAAUGUCGCUCCUCAGCAGAGUAUCAUCUUACUAGAAGACAUCGAUGCAGCUUUUAUCAAUAGAGAAGACAGCAAUGAUGCCAAGUACCAAGGCAUGGGUCGUGUAACGCUGAGCGGACUUCUUAAUACGCUAGACGGCGUGGCAUCCACCGAAGCCAGGAUAGUCUUCAUGACGACCAACUACAUUGAAAGGUUGGAUCCAGCACUGAUCAGGCCAGGCCGUGUGGACUACAAGGCGCACAUUGGCCACGCCACCCAUCAUCAGCUUCAGCAGAUGUUCUAUCGUUUCUACCCGGAACUCGACGGAUCCGCUGCGCGGGAAUUCGCUGAUCGCGUCGCCGAAUUCAAGCGACCGAUUAGCAUCGCUGCCGUACAGGGGUUCUUCAUGAUGCAUAAAAGCAACGGACAUGCAGUGCUGAACAAUAUCGAGAAACUGUGGAGCUGAUAGGAAGAUACGAGAAAAAGACUUGAUGUUCUUAUACAAGACUACAUUCUUAUGGACUCCGUGCGCGCACAAGUACCCCCUCAACGGUUACAAAGGGAGAGUUGAAUGACCGCUGGGACAUUCAAAUACACUGCCUGACACUCAUGUGAAAAUGCUACGGGGUUGUGAUAUGGAAUAGCUUCUGAUUCCAUUUCUAUGGGUUUUAUGCUGGUAAUGUUUUAUACUAGGCAUGCGUUGUCUUUGUCAAUGAAUGAAAGACAGUACAAAGUAAUGAAGAUACGAUGCAAAUAACAGAGCCCAAAUAUUGCUUUAGUUAUGCAAUAAUGCUACGAAGUACACACAGACGUAAAAGAGACGGCACAAGUACCAUUUUUCAUCAAUGAUGACCAGUAUGAGUUUUAAUGUUCAUCUUCUACAAUUGCCAUAAAAAAAUCUCAACUAAUAUUUGACGUACUAGAUAUUUCCGGCAAACGCACAACGAACAACAUGCAUUUAACUAAUAGCUCAACCAAUAAAAGAAUUUAAACCAGUACACAAACUAUGGUAUCAUAUGCAGGCUGUGUGUACAUCACAACUGUCGCCCAAAGAAAAUUAAAAUGUACAAACCAUGUUUUUCACAGAAA